AGCGCACACGUGUCCUCUCAAAGUGUGUUGACGUCUCAUCAUCUUGGAAUUCCAAGUGAUCGCGCUCGCGCUUGAAAGCAUGUUGGCCAUUGGUUGACACUAAUAUUCCCUCCUUACUUCCCUGAGGCUCUGUCCCUCCCUUUCUCCCCUUUUCCCUCCCGUCCCGUCCCCUCCCCCUUCUUCCCUUCGCUUUUUCUUCUUUCUUGGAUCGUUCCAUGGCAGGCUCGACAGACGAUAUGGGACUGGCCGGGCCUGAGGACAGAGUCACACAGUUCCUUGGCCGACUGCCGGAUGAUGUCAGAACACGAGUGACGGCUCUUCAGGCCAUUCAAGCUGAUCAUGACAGUCUGGAGAGUCGGUUUCAAACUGAGGUGGCAGCGUUGCAGCGCAAGUACGAGCAGAUGUACGAGCCUUUCUAUAAAGAGCGGUCGAAGAUUGUGAUGGGCAGCAGCUGCAGUGAGGAGGGAGGAGAAGGGGGAAUGGGAGUGGGAGUCGGAGCCCAAGGGGCUCUGCAGACUGCAGCUACUACUAGUACCUCACGUGGUGUGCCUGAUUUCUGGCUGACCGCCAUGAAGAAUCACCGACCUAUCAAAGUGCAUAUCAGAGAGAGAGACACAGAAGCCCUCAAGUACCUUCGAGACGUUCGUUGGAGCCGUCUAAAGGGUACUACCGGUAGUAGUGACAAUGCUCAAUCUCUCUCUCUCUCCCCAUCUCACUCUCACUUCCACUCUUUCAAGCUGGAAUUUGAGUUUGCCCCCAAUCCCUUCUUCACGAACGACGUACUCUCUAAGACAUACUACAUGGAAGAGCAGGAAGGGGAUGCUGUGCUUGCCCGUGCCGUUGGCACUGCGGUCGACUGGAAAGAAGGACAUAACCUGUGUGCAAAUGCCAACGCUUGCAAGGGAGGAGAUCCCAGAAGAACUGGCUCUGUGAAGUCUUCACCACAAAAGCACCUCGAUGGAAUGGGCCUGGGCCUGGGACUGGGCCUGGGCCUGGGCCUAUCUAAAAAUAGCUUUUUCGCAUUCUUUAACCCGCCAAAGAUUCCUGAUGACGAUAGUUCGCUCGAUGAGUAUGAAGCGAUGGAGUUGAGGGAGGCAUUGGAAGAGGACUGUGAGCUUGGAAUAGCAAUCAAGGAACAUUUUAUACCCCGGGCCGUCUCUUGGUAUACUGGGGAGGCGAUGGUGGAAGACGAAGAGGAGGAGGAGGAGGAGGAGGAAGACGAGGAGGAGGAAGACGAGGAGGAGGAGGAGGAGGAGGAGGAAGACGACGAGGAGGAGGAGGAAGACAAUGGCAAAAGGAAGAAGAAUGAUGAGCAGGAGAAAGGAGUGUCAUGAAUGAUAAUUUGAGAGAGAACGAAGAGAAGAGCACAAGUAACGAGGGUUCACAGCCACACACACACACACACACACACACACACACACAAACACGAGAGGAGGUCAUCAACUUACGGAUCAAUGCCUACCGUACCACCGUCUUGCCCCAAAUAUAACGCACCCUCGUCACGACCGUAUCGGACAAAAAAAAAAAGCCUGUACGCAGUCGUAAUCAGGGUGCAUCAUGUUCGGGGAAACACCGUAGUGUGAAGUAGGCGCACUAGUAUCUUAACCCAGUAGCAGCGGAGGAGGAGGAGGAAGAGGAGGAAGAGGAGGAGGAGGAGGAGGAGGUGGAUGAGGGGGAGGAGGAGGAAGAAGAGCGUGUGGUCUCGGACGAGCAAGGUGUUCAUUUUUUAACAUGUAAGAGGAACAUGAAGUACAUACAUGGAGUAGUUUCAUUGAGGACCAGAUCGUUCUUCUGGUUCUAAGCCCCUGCUCAGUCUCAGUCACCGCGAACCUAUAUUAUGCAGUCGUGAAUCUGGCCAGGUUCAGAGGUUGCUUCAAGUUUACCACAAACAGAGCACCUUCUCCAUCUGGAUCAGGCCCGUGAGUAAUCAGUACUCUGCGUUACUUGUUGUGGUCAACAAGUAAUCGAAACUCUGGAAGUUGUUCUCAGCAAAGCUGUUAAUACUACUGCCCGUCUUCCCCCGAACAGAACGCACCCUCACCGUAAAUGAAUACAAGCCGUAUUU